GCAAACUCUAACUUACGUUUAACUCGAUUUACCGUGGGCGUGGAGCACAAGCUUGAAAGCUUCCCGCGCCCUCUAUCAAAAUGGCCGAUAACCCUCUAGAGGCAAUCUGCACCACCAUCGGAAGAAUUUCAGCGUCCGUUCAAUCAAAUCUCUCCAAACUCAUCAGCAUCCCUCAAAACCCAACUGCACCUACAAAUCUACAGGUUUCACUUUCCACGUCUGCACCUCCUACUUCCACCGCAUCAGCUGGUUCUUAUCUUCCUCAACCCACGGACCCUCACACAAAGCAGGCUGGUCCAGUGACUAGAGAAGAGCUCGGAAGGGCUACUUGGACUUUCAUUCAUACUCUUGGUGCUCAGUACCCAGAAAAGCCAACCAGGCAACAGAAGAAGGAUGUCAAAGAACUGAUGGCAAUAAUAUCCCGCAUAUACCCUUGCAAGGAAUGCGCAGAUCAUUUCAAAGAAGUUUUAAGAUCAAACCCUGUACAGGCUGGUUCUCAAGCUGAGUUUUCACAGUGGUUAUGUCGAGUGCACAAUGUUGUUAACAGGAGCCUCGGGAAGCCUACGUUUCCAUGCGAACGAGUUGAUGCAAGAUGGGGCAAGCUGGACUGUGAGCAUCGCAUGUGUGAUCUACAAGGAUCAAUGACGCCUUUCGAUUAGUAAAAGCUAACCCAUACCCAUAUGUAUAUUCAUAGAAAUCAUUGGUGGGUUUCGCUUCUCUUGUUACCCGGUUACAUUCGUUACUCAAUCAUCAAGUUAAAAAAAUGUUAAAACUUAAUUUACUUUUGGUG